AUGCUCUUAAUAACAUUUGUAAUUUUAUCUUUUCUUGGAUCCUUUUAGUAAUCAUAUAAAGUAUUUUAGAAAGGCAGAAUGUUCAUGUAAAUUUAAAUCCUACGGCCCAAUAGUAUAACCAAACUAACCCUAAAUAAUUAUAGAUUUAUAUAUUACUGAUUGGAUUGUUGAAAAUAACAAUGUCAAUAUAAUAGGCUAUGGUAUUUGGACAAAAUACCAGCCUUUUACAUAGAUUUAUUAUUUAAGUAUUAUUAAAUUGUUUAUUUUUAGGUGAUCGAGAAUCCUCUUAAGAUGAUUCUCUCAACAGAUUAAAUAAAGUAUAAGGAGGAUAGUUUAUUUAUUCAAUAAAAUAGAUAGAAAGUAGCAACUAUAUAUUAGUUGUCUCAAUAGUCAUUGAUUAAAUAGAGUAAAAGUUUAUGUACAAUAUCUUUUAUUCUUUUACAUCAACAUCUGAUUAAAUUUAAAUUUCAAUAAACAACACAAUAGUUGAGGGUUAAUGGAUAUUUUUUUUUGUUUAUUUUGAUUAGUCAUCUUAUCAAACUAUAUUUGGAAUCUACAAUAGUAUAGAGAAAUCAAAAACUAAAAUAAUUCAUGAUUUACCAAGUUUUUAAAGUGAAUCAAGACAUAGUAUUGGUGGAAUAUAUUCAUAUAUAUAGAACAAUGAUGUCUUGGUUUAAUUAACUUAAUUUUUUGGGAAAAUGUCAACUUUGUUUAUAUAAGUCAAUGAAAGUAUUGAUUUUAAUUUAGAUACAUGUUUUGAUUAAUUUAUGAAUUCUGAUUUUUGUUAUGAUAAAGAAUAUCGUAUAAGCAAAAAAAAUUAAUAAAUGAAUGGAUAAGAUUUUAUUAAGAUUUAAACUUUACCUCAUGAUCAAUCAAUAUAUCUUCUUUAAGGAUGGGCAAAGCUUGACAUGAUAAAUGAGAAUUUCAAAGAAACUAUCAUUUUUAGGAUAACAAUCAAUGAGAAUCAAAGUGAUGAUACUUUUAUUGGAGAUAGAGAAGUCUUAUUGAAAUACUUUUAAAGUAGUAUUCCAGGUGAAAAUGGUUUUGAAAUUUCUACAUACAGCUAUUCAUUUCCAAUCAAAUAAAGAUAUAAGUCAUAAGAUGAUGAUAAAAUUUCUGAUUUUGAUGAUCAAUAUUCAAGAUUACUUGUUAAUUGGCAUUAUUUUUAAUAUGAAAUAGGAACUUUGAAUAAUGAUGGAUAACCUUUAUUAACUAUAUAUUUUCCUUCUUUAAAUAAAUACUAUAGAUAUGUUUGGAGUAAAAAUAUAAAACAUUUUACUGGAGCAAAAUACUUUGUGUAUAUUGGAGGAGAUAAUUAUGCUAAGUCUUUUUUCAAAGGUUAUAUCAGUGACAUAUUAUUAUUUUUAUAUUGCAGGCCUUAACUAAAAUAGAUAGUUGCGACUUGCGAUGAUUCAUGUUUAGAGUGCUUUGGUCCCACAUCAGUAAAUUGUUUAAGUUGUCAUGAAAACAAUAACAGAUAAUUUUCAAGAAUUUAAAAUACUUGUAAAUGUUAAGAAGGAUAUAUUGAUUUAUAAGGGCAAUAAGAUUGCUUACCAAUAAAAAAAGCAUUCACUUAUAUUUAAAAAUAAGAAAUCUAAUUGGAUUGCGAUAAAAAAGGUUACAGCCAUUGUGAAGGUGAAAAAAUUGAGUGCAAUUUUGGAUAUUUUUUAUUUUAAAACUAAUGCAUUCAGUGGUAAUAAUAUAUUCAUUUAUAAAAGUCCAGAAAAUUAAGAGUUAAAAUAUGGAAUUCAUAUUAGUUGUUUCAAUUGCUAUAUUUAACCAAUCACUUUUAGUAAAUCAUUAAUUUGUACCAUGGAUGUAUCAACCUUUUAUUCAAAUCCAGAUUAUUAAUAUUAGAUAGUUUAAAGGAAUUCUAAUAAUGUGAGUUUUUAUGAAAUUAAAAUAUAAGAAGAUAAGACUUUCAUCACAUAAUUAUGUUCUGGAUGUCUCGAUUAGUACAAAUGCAAGCAAGGAUAUUAUAGAAUAACUAAUUUAUGCUAACCUUGUUUGAAAGACUGUUAAUUAUGUUAAAAUUCUAAAUUAUGUACAAAGUGCUUUGAUGGUUACUAUCUUGAUGGACAAAACCAAUGUUUAUAAUGUCUUAAUUGUAAAAAAUGCCUUUUAACAAAUUAAAAUUUAUAUUGUGAAACUUGUCAAGAGAAUUAAAUACUCUAAAAUAAUGUUUGCAUAUCUUGUGGUGUCAAUUGUAAAAAUUGUGAAUCUAAUGGAUAUUGUAAUUAUUGUGUAGGAGACCCAUCAAAAUAUUAUCUAACAAUUGAUGGUAGAAAUUGCAGAGAAUGUAAUAUUGAAAAUUGUAUCUACUGUUUUGAAUACGUUUUAAUUUCUGGAUAAUAUAUUACAACUUUUGAUAUCAAUUUUAAAAUAUACAGUUUUGAUUCACAUUAAGUCUAAUUUGGAUGUUCACUUUGUAAUGAAAACUAUAAUUAUAACUAAAAUACUAAAAAGUGUGAAUAAAAAUCAAAUAAUGAUGAUGGUUGUGAGUUUGCAGUUAUCUUAGAUUCAAAUUUAAAUUAGUAAUGUAUAAUCAGUCUAACUAAUAAUAAUGCUGUAUAAGUAACUUCGUGUUAAAUAAUUCUACAUUGUUAAUAGUGCAUUCAUAAAUAUAUUCAAAAUGAAUCAUAUUGUGUAUAAUGUAAAGAUGGAUAUUAUUCAGAAUUAUUAACUGGAUAAUGUUAAAAAUGUAUUAAUAAUUGCAAAACUUGUUUAUAACAAAAUGUCCUUUACAAAGAUUACUGGAAAUGGAGUGUAAAAUCUUUUUAUAAAUAUUUUAUUAAUACCAAUCAUUUAAUUGAAGAUUACGGAUAGGCUUUUGCAUUGUCUAAUUUAGAGGUUAUUUGUACAUCAUGUUAAUUAUAAUACAUCCUCUUUGAAAACUAAUGUAUCUAGGGCUGUUAAGAGAAUUGUAAUAUAUGUGAAAUUAAAAAUGGAAAAGCUACAUGCAUAUAAUGUUAAGAAGGAGAUUUCAAGUUUCUCAAAACUCAAGAUAUGAAUGGAGGGUGUCUUUAAUGUCCUUCUAAUUGUGUAGCAUGUAUCGAAAGGAACUAAGAAGAAAUAGCAGAUAUUAAUCCAUAUUAUAUUUUAACUGAUUCUAAUGCAAAAUAUACAAGAAAAUGCUUUGAAAAAUCAGAAAAAUAGGAUAAUUAUUAUUUUGAUUAUUUAACCUAAACAAUUACAGUUUGCACAGAAUUUCUACAAUGUUAUCAUAAAUAUUUAAUUUAAUAAAACAUAUUUUGUGAUUGGGGUUUAUACUAUUAAUCAUAAAGUAAUGCUUAUGAUGAUUAGUUUGACCAGAAAAAUAUUCUUAUCAGUUAAUUUUAUGAUAAAACAUAUCUAAGUUUGUUUGAAACUUAGUAACUUUAUGAAUAUUUAAACAAAGCAUAAGUAAGACAUGUGGAAUAUCUAUUUACAUUUAUUCAAGGUGAUGGAACAGACUGUUAAUUUGAAGAAGACUUACAGAUUUAUUCACAGUUAUAAUAAAAUGUAUUUACUUUACAGUAAAUUGAUAUAAUCUUCAAAGGCUGGUCUUACCCUACUUCUUUAAAAAUCUUUAAUGAACUUACUUUCAGUAAUUACACAAAGGUUACAUUCUAAAAUAUUUAAUUCAGUUUUAUUAAACUAUUUUCGAAGACAAAAUACUUUAUUAUUAACCUAUUUAAUUUAAAACCUUAAUUGAUACUGAACUUUGAUAAUUGCAUUUUUACUAUGUCAUACUAUCCAAAUAGGAACUUUUCUUUUAUGAUAAAAUCAAAUAUUCCUUAUUCUCUUUUUAUAUCAAAUCUUUUAAUAAAUAAUUUCUAUGUUUCAUCAUCUGAUAUUUUUACUUUUAUUUCAUAAUCAAAUAUUUAUUAAAAUACAAUAUAAAUAAGUGAUUUGAAAAUUCAAAACUCCUAUUUAUUUAAUUCCACAUUUAUUAGAUAUUAAGCUAAUAAAUAAAGUUUGCUUUAAGAUUCAUUUAUAAAUGAUAUCUAAAUAAUCGAUACCAUAUUUAUCCAAUCAAAUUUUAUUGUAAGUUUUGGUCUUUUAAAUUAUACUAGUGGUACUUUGAGAAUGAAUAAAAUUAUUCUUUUAAAUGUGUAAAUACUAGAAAAAUCAACUUUUCUUUAUUCUUCUAGAUUUUAGUCCUUAUAUAUGUCUGAUUUAAUUUUCAACAAUAGUAAAAUAGUCUAAAGGUCAAGUUUUUAUUCAUCAAACAUAAUAAAUCUUAAGGGAGGAAUAAUCAAUAAUACUUAGAUAAUGAAUAGUACUUUGAUAAAUAACAUUGUUGAAUAUUCAAGAUCUGAAUUGGACUUAAAAUCAUGCUCUAAAGUAUAAAUUGAGAAAUAUCAGAUUUUAAAUACAGAAUAUGAUGAGAAACAAUAAAUAAUGAAAAUAAUAAAAUGUGAUGAAAUAAUCUAAUUAUCAUUUCAUUUAAUAGACUUUUCUUUUAUUAAUGGAAUUUUUAUUUCUGAAUUAUAAGAAUAAGAAAUAUCCUAUUAUUCAUCUAUGAUGUAUAUUGAGUGCUAAAUUUGUUAUUUAGAUUAAAUUUAUUUGUUAAGAGGACAUGGGCUGCCUGAAAUGACUUUUCUUAAUUCUGAUUAUUUAGAAAUUAAUAAUUUUAGAGUCUCUUCUAUUCAAUUAUAUAUAAAUAAGCCCUUUCAUAGUAGCUUCGACUGUGUAGAAAAAUUUGUAUUUAAAAAUAUGCAUUUUUUCUUAUUCAUAGGUUACUAUUAAAUAGUGAAAAUAGAUUCUGUAGAAAUUAACUCUAGCUUAAGUUUCAACAAUCCAUUUUUAAUCCUUUAAGGGUAUGAUUUAAUGUAAAGAGAAUUAUCUGAAUUUAUUACAGUAACCAAUUUUAGAGUUUAUCAAAACAUAUUGCUAAUCGCUAAUUCCAAUAAACAAACCGCUAUACUAUCGAUAGUGUCCUAAUAAAAUUGCACAAUAACACUUUAAAACAUAAACUUUACUGAGAAUCAUCUGAAUGAAUAUUUUUAAGAUUCAACAAGAACAUCUGCCACUACCUUACUCAUUCGAUUAAAUUAGGGAUUAGUUAUGAUUUAAAACUGUCAUUUUAUUUAAAAUGUUGUUACUAAUUCAAGUGAUUCUAUUAUUUUUAUUAAAAGUACUGAAUUGGAAAUUUAUAAAUGCAAAUUUCAGUAAAGUAAUAUCUAGAAUUUUUCAAAAUUAAGUCGUUAUUUAUUUUAAUCCGAAGAUUAAGAUUUAAGUUUUAUUAAUUUGGCUAAUAUAUUUCCAAUAAAAUCACUAAGUGGAAACGCAAUGAUUAUUACUUAAUCAUUAAUUAUCGACAAUAUUUUUAUCAAUCAAUCUUUUGCCAUUUGUGGAGGAGCUUUUCACAUAAAUACUCAAGAUAUAAGCAAAAUUGUUAUUUUAAACUCAUUUUUUACAAAUACAAAUACUUUAUCAGACUUUUCUGCAUUUUCUAUUGGUGGAUGUUUAUAUAUCGAUGGAUCUUUAUCAAAGCUCAGGCUUCUUAUUAAAAACACAACUUUUUAAACUUCAUACAGUCGAAAUGAUGGAGGAGCUAUUUAUAUAAUUCCUUCUGAAAGUUAGAAUUGGAUUGAACUAGAAAAUUUGAUUGUUGUAGAUAGUUUCUCUUUAUAAAAUUCUUUUUUGGCUUAUAAUCCACUUAAGAUAGAACCAUUGAAUUCUUAAAUAAUUUUGAAGAAUAUUAGUUUCUAUUCAACUGAAUAAGGUUUCAGUAGAUUUAUUCAGUAAAUUAAUGAAUUAUCUGAGUUUGAAGUAUCAUUAAUCACUCAUUAUAAUCCUUUAAUUUCUAUCCAUUUUGGAUAAAUUAGUAUUUUAAAUUGCUACUUCAUAGCAACUCAUAUUCAAUUUUUAAUCAAAAUAAAAAAAGCUUAAAAUAUCUUAUUAUCGAAUGUAACUAUACAAAACAGUACAUUUUGGCAAUCAUCUCUACUUGAAUUAAACUUAAAAGAAAGUAUUUAUAAUAUUAAUUUAAGACAUUGAUGGAAAAAUUAUAAUGGAGAAUCUUUUUCUAUAUAAUGUAUAUUAAUUUAGAAAAUUGGUAGAAGGAAAUUGCAAAAUCAAAGAAUUGGUUAAAAAGUCAGUAUUAUAAUGUCCUCAAUCGUUACCAAAAAUAUAUGGGUUAAUAUAGCAGACGGAUGAUACUCAAGUUCAUCAGAAUUAAUUAGUUUGUAAUGAAAUUUUGAUAUUUUAAAAUUAAUCAUUUAAUUUUAGCUUAAUUAAAAUAGAAUCACUUAACAAAACACAAUAAAUCAUAGUAAAAAAUAUGGUUUUGCAAAAUGUAAUUUGUUAAAAUUGUUAAUUUGGUCUGUUUCAAAUUGUAGAUAUUUAUAUAUAAAAACCUGUAUCCAUACAAUUUGAAUCAAUUAAAAUUGAAAAUUGUCUAUGUGGAUAAACAGGUUGUUUAUCAAUAUUGAAAAACUAAGAAGAAUUUAACCUUCAAAAAUAACUAUCCAAAAAUAAUCGUUUAUUAUAAACUGAUAAUCUUGAAAUAAUUGAAUUUAAAUUAGAAUGCCGAGUCGUCAUUUCUAAUAGUAUAUUUAAGAAUAAUUCUGCCAAUUAUGGAGGAUCAUUAUUCAUCUUAGAAAUUGAUCUUUUGAUUAUAAAUAGUUUGUUUUAUAAUAACUCUGCUGAAAUUGGAGGAGCUAUUUAUUUUCUUUCAAAAUCAUAAUAAUUGUAUUUUUACCGAACUCAAUUUUUAAAUAAUAAAGCCUAGAUUGCUGGCGUUUUAUUCCUCAAUAAUUAAUCUCUUUAACUUACGAAAGAAUUAAAAAUAGACUUUUAUGAUAAUAAUUCAACUUAAUAUAGUUAAAAUGUUUUUGAAAAAGCCUCGUUCAUUAUCAAUAUCAAUAGAUGGGGGUAAAACCAUAUUAUAAAGUGGGUUAAUUACUAGAAAUUAGAAUGA